AAAUAAGGUCAUGAUCUCCACUUCCACUGUCACACUGAUGAUGUCUACAUUCUUACCAAAUCAGUCACCUCUGCCACCCACACGAGCAACAACUGCCUCACUGAAAUAAAAUAUGGAUGCAGUCACACUUCUAUUAACUUCUACUAGCUGCAAUAAAUCUGAAAUAAUUAUCAUUGGCUGUAAAUUCCUCACCUGUUCCACAAAAUGUAUUAUUAUUGUUCAUAUCAUUAACAUCAGUAGUUUAGUAUUGCACCUCUAUAAAUCUGGUUACCUCAAAACCAAUUCAUGAUAAAAAAUAUAGAUAUGGUAGAGGAAUGUGUCUCACCGUUAAUUUAGGAUUAGAGCUGCAGUUUCCCACAACCUGCACUACACUGGUUACAAUGGUAAGUGGUCUGUAUUUCCAGCACCUUCCUAAUCUCGAUGACCUUUAUAUUACAGUUUUGCCAUUCACACAAUCAUACAGUGCAUCCACAGUAUGUGCAGCAUUUGUUACUGGUCCAGAGACACAUUAGCAUGUAGACUUACUGUUAUUGUUUGUAUCUUUACUGUGCGUCUGCUGUUUAUUUCCAGAGAACUGCAGCAUGCAGAAGAAGGGUAAAAUCAGCAAUGAUUUACGCACAGCUAAACCCUGUGAGAAUACACCUACCAGCAAAAUUGAUUUUGUUUACAAAGUGAGAGUGGAAGACUUCACAGAUGGUUUGUCCACUGAUAUUUACACAAUGCGGGUAAUGGAAGUGAUCAAAAAAGGAACUUAUGAUGUCAGUCCCCUGGGUAAACUACGUGCAUUCCUCAGUUACCCUCUCUGCAGGGAGGCUUUAGAUCUGGUUAAAGGGAAAACGUAUCUCAUCAUGGGCACAUCCAAGGAUAUUCACAAGGACCAAUCGUAUCAGUAUGUGCUCGGUGAGAGAACCUGGAUCGAGUACUGGCCCACAGACGCAGAGUGUCAAAAGGCUGAACACAGGCCAACAUGUUUGGGCUUGGAGGAGAUGGCCAUGCGGUACACUCUCUUUGGAUGUCCACUGUAGUACAACACCAGAAAAUCCACUUGUCUAGUGUUUUGUUUUACACUAGACAACAUGCACCACAUAUUGGACAUCGCACCCAAGGACCCUCAUACACCACUGACACUCACACUCCACUGUACAUUUACUUUGUAUUUUGUUUAAAUAAAUGUGGCUUAUUUUCACAUCACAAGUGCCAUUUACGGUUUACCUGUGUUUUGUUGUGGCCCUGGAGCCAGUCGUAACAUAUGCAAAACUUUAACUGUUCUAAAAUGUAAGAGAUUAAAGGUUAUUCUGUGUGGAAUAAACCACAAAUCCUCAUCAAACUGUAUGUGUGUUUUUUUAUACAUUAAAUGCAUGUGCAAAGUC